AUGUCGAUGAACGCGACGGAGCUAUUUCUCCCGACGACGGAAUUCCCGGAGGAUCUCUAUAAGAUCGCUGAGUUUCGAUUCGGUUACCGUUCGAUAAGGGCUGCCAUCAAUGUCCUUGCCAUUAUCCUGUCUGCGCUCAUACUCGUGUCGAGUGGGUGGUUGAAGAGGCCGGCGAGCCCGCUUUUCAUCUUGAACCUCCACGUUCUCUUGAUAAACAUCUCCAUAGCAUUCAUUCAAAUCCUCUUCUAUGUUGAAACCGUAGCGAUCGUCAAGUUUAAUGAGACGGAGUAUCAUUGCACCGCUCUAUUUGCUCAAUUCGUUGCUGCAUCAGCUUUUUUCGUGGCCUCCUUGAAUCUACUCACGGUGGGCACCAUACACGCGAUCGAACUCUUCAGACCCUUGAUCUGGGUAAAUUCCAACAUGCUGUCAAAGCGUCGAGCCUUCGGAGUUAUAGCCCUUGAAUGGGUAGGGGCCAUUCUCUUCUUCACCUACUUCUACCUGCCUCGAACCGGUUUUUCGAGCACGGCGUGCCGGACGCAUUCCGUGGAAGUGUUCGACAGCGACGCUCUCCUCAUCAUCACGUCGGUUGUGACGGCUCCGUUCGGCGUGUCUUGGAUCCUCUACUGUGUUCUGAUAGUGUCUCUGUGCUGCCGACCCCGGUACACGGAGGUUUCCCGGAAGCAUUUCUAUACCUCGCUUUGUAUACUGAUAACAUUCAGCUUCGGUUUUCUGCCAGAUUUGGUUUUCGCGAUUUUAUUCUGUGAGCAUUGUCCGCUCUACGAGUCUGAUUGGGAUCGAUAUUAUCUAAUUAUGGCAGGAGAUAUGGCGAGAACAACUCUCAUGACAACGAAAUUCAUACUGGAUCCAAUCAUUUACAUCUGGAGGAGUUGGGAGGUUCGCGCAGAUUUGCAGGACACGAUAUGUGGAUGCGGGAGCGACAAAAGGCGAGUCGAAUCGCCAGAAAACGGCCGUUCGAUCUCUACCAUCUCAACAUCAAUCAUCGGAUACUACGAGUGA